UUAUUACCAACUCCCAAAGAUCAGUUCAUCAUUGACAUCGGAGAAGAAUUCAGUAAGGGGUUGUAAUAACCACCUCUAAUUUUUUUAAUUCUGUCGUAAAACGAAUCAACGCUUUUUGUGAGCAAUUGGAUCAAUCACAAAAAGCGGGAUUCGCUUUUCGCAUAGAAGUAAAAAUUUAAUAAUAAAAAAAUUUUAUUAUCAAUGAUAUUUGACACUCUAAUAAUAUCACAUUAAAAAUUUAACUUAAAAAAAAAGAAAAUAAUCAAUUAAAAACUUUAUCCAGUGUCAUUUGUGAAUUGUGAUAUAAAAAAAAAUUUAAAAGUUUUAAUUAAAUAUCAAUUAAAAAAUGGCAGAAAUGCGUAAUACACAAAUUAAUUCAUCAAUAAUGAAUACUGUUUCUGUAUUAAAUCAUCAUACAAAUCAUAAUAAUCACAAUAGUGGUCAUCGACGAAGUAGACAACGUGCUGCUAUGCAAGCAUUGAUUAGUGAAGCAUUGCCACUUGAUGAGGCUGCUAGAUUAGAAAUGCAAUCAUUACCAUCUAAAACACCAGUAUCUGUAUUACAAGAACUUUUAUCAAGACGUGGUACAACACCAAAAUACGAACUUGUACAAAUUGAAGGUGCUGUACAUGAACCAACAUUUAGAUAUCGUGUUACUGUUGCUGAUGUUGUUGCUAUAGGAACAGGUAGAUCAAAAAAAGAUGCAAAGCAUGCAGCUGCAAAAGCUGUUUUAGAUAAAAUUAUUGGUGUUAAUAGUGAUUCAAUUGUUGAAAUGUCAAUGUCAAAUAAUAAUAUCAAUAAUAGUAAUAGUAAUAAUAGUAGUAUGGAAUCACAAAAUCAAUCAGAUUCUUCAGGUAAUUGUGGAGAUGAAAAAAUAAUAAAUAAUCCAAUUGGUUCAUUACAAGAAAUGUGUAUGUCAAGACAUUGGCCACCACCAAAAUAUACAAUGGAAGGUGAAUCUGGAUUACCACAUGAACGACAAUUUAAAAUUGUUUGUAUGAUGUUAAAAUAUAAACAAGUUGGAAUGGGAAAAAGUAAAAAACUUGCUAAAAGACAAGCUGCACAUAAAAUGUGGCAAGCAUUACGUGAUUUACCAGAAUCAACAACUGGUCUUGAUGAUGAUGAAAUUAUCGAGAAAAAUAUUAAUGCGUCAUCACGUUAUGCUGAAUUAAAAGACGUUAAAAUUCCAACAUUAACAACACCACAUCGUCAAAAAGUAUCACAAUUUCAUAAAAAUCUUAAAACAGCAACUGGUAUACAAUUGUCUGAAUUACAGAAUACUUGUUUGAAUGAUACGUUAGUUAAUUUGGUACAAUUUCUAAGAAAUAUUGCAACAGAACAAAAUUUUGAAGUUACAUUUGUGGAUAUUGAAGAAAAAUCAAUGACUGGUCAAUGUCAGUGUCUUGUACAACUAUCAACUCUACCAGUUGCUGUUUGUUUUGGUACUGGAUCAACAAAUGAAGAGGCUCAAUCAAGAGCUGCUAAAAAUGCUCUAGAGUAUCUUAAAAUAAUGACAAAACAAUCAAAGUGAGCCAACGCCCUAAUUCUGCCAGUUAAUAAAAUUAAAAAUUAUAAUUUAAUUAAUAAAAAAAAUUUUAAUUUUAAUAAUUAUGAAUGUAUAAAAAAAAUUAAAAAUAAAAACUGGCAGAAAAAUAUAAAUAUUAAAAAUUUAGAUAAAAUUAAAAAUAAUAAAAAAAUUGAUAAAUCAUUAAAUAUUAAUAAUAAUAAUAAUAAUGAUAAUAAUAAUAAUAAAAUAAAAAAAUUAUCAAUUGAAAAAUCAAAAAAUAAAAAAAUAAUAAAAACAAAACAAAAAAAUAAUAAAAUUAAAAAUUUUUAUAUUUCAAUUGUUAAAAAAUUAAAAAAUAAUUUAACAUUGAAAUAUUAUAAUAAUAUAAUAAACAUUCCAAAUUAUAAUAAAAUGAAUAAAAAAUUUAAAAAUUCAAUUGAAAAAAUUUUUUUGAAUAAUAAACAUAUUAAUAUUUCAAAUAUUCAAAAAAAUAUUCAAAAAAAUAAAAAUUUAACAAAAAUAUCAAAUAUUAAAUUUAAUGAAUUAAAUUUUUAUCAACAAAUGAUGUAUGGCGAAUCAUCAAGAUAUUUACCAAAAUUUAGUAAUUUAAUAAUUGAUGAACAAUUAAAUUUUCAUCAAUAUGAACAUGAUAAUUUAACAACAAAUCAAAUAUUUAAUUAUCCAAAUAAUACAAUGACCUAUUUACCAUACGGUCAAUAUGUUAAUCAUGAUAUUGCUGAUGAUCAUCAUCAUCCACAUCAUGGUUUUCAAUAUCAAACAAAUAUUUAUUCAACAAAUCAAUAUGUAUUGUCAUAUACAAACAAUAAUAUCACUUCUCAGUUACAAACUGCUCGACAAUUUAAUGAAUAAAAUUGAUAUGUUAUUCAUUUUGUAUAAUAAGUUAUGUUAUUAAUAACAUAUUGUCUUAUGACUGAAUAAUUUUCAUUUAUUUAAUUUAUAUUUUUAAAGAUGCGAUAAAAAUUAUUUCAAUUGAUGAUCCAUGUUGAAAUAAAUUUUAACUUAUCAAUAGUAUAAUUUUUAAUCAUUAAAAUGAUUCAAUGUUAAAGUUAUUCAAUUAAUGAAUUAACUAAAAAAAAAAAUAUGUGAAUUAUUCAAAUUUUUGAUGUUCAAUAUAUAUGUCGUUUAAGAAAUUAAGAUGUUUUCAGAAAAAACAAAAAAAAAUUAUCAUGAAAUGUAAAUUUAAAAACUUUGCAUGAUAUUUUCUUGCUUUUUUUUUUUUUUCUGUUUUUCUAAUAUAUGAAAUUUAAAAAUUCGUAGUAAAAACUAAUUGAUAUUUAAUAAUUAGUAUAAAUUCAUGUGUUAUAUUUUGGUUAAAUAAUUUUUUAAAUUUAACAAUUUGAUUUAAUAAUAAAAAAUUAAUAGAACAAUAAAUAUUAUUAAUAUAUAAUUUAAGUUUUUAGAACACACGUGUUGACUUUAAUGUGUGUAUUGAAUUUCAUAGAAUUAAUCGAAACAAAAAGUCAAAUUUAGCAAUGAAACGUGUCUUGAUUUUGAAAAUGAAAUAAGAAAAAAAACAACAUUACUUACAUGCAAAGUAUUAAUGCGUGACUAGUAUGAAUUUCGAAUUUCGUAUUGGUUCAAUGAUUUGACAUCAGUUGGAAUUGAAAAAAAAAACAAAAUCAAAGUAACAUGCAUUUUUCUAUUGUAAUUAAAAAAUUUUAUUGAUAUUGCAAAAUUUUAUUGCAAUUUUCAAAUAAAAUUAUUUAUUAUUUUUUUUCUUUUUUUAUAAAAAAAUUAAUUUUUCAUAAAAGUAAAUGAUAAUUAAAAAAAUUAUUUUUAUUGAGAAUAUUAAAAUUAGUUAAAUAUUUACAAAGCUCAUGUAAAAAAAAAUAUGGAUAAAAUUUUUUUUUCUAAUAAAAACAAUAAAAAUAAAAUAAUAACAGAGUUUAAAAAAGAUAAAAAAAUUUUAUCCAUUAAAAAUGUAUAUUUAUUUUUGUUUCAACAUCAAUUGAAAUGUUUUUUUUUUUUAAUUUAAUUAUUUAUAAAAAGUUACGUUAAUUAAGAAAUAAUAAUAAUCAUAAAAAAAAAAAAUUCUAUUUAUGGAAAAAUAAUAAAGUAUAUCUAUCUAAUUAAAAAACAAGAAAAAAAAUAUUUAAUUAAAAAAAAAAAUACGACAGCAAAAAUAAAAUAUUUAUCUGUUUAAAAAUUAUUUUUGCGAACUGAAAUUUUGUCGUUUAAAAUUCAACUUUUUUUUAAAUUUAUUUUUUUCUUUUUUUUUCUUUUUUUGUUUCAUCUGGCAUACAGAAUAUUUAUGAUCAAUAAUCCAAUUAAAAUACAAUUAUUAAAAAAAAAAAUACUUUAAUCUCAAAAAAUAUACAUGUACCUAAUAAAUCUGAGGUUCAUUAACCGACCUAUACCCGACCAUCAGAAAUUGUUGUUUUAUGUAUGAAUGUACGUGUAAUAUUGUUAAUAAAAUAUACUGAUG